UGGUGACGUCAUAUUCUUGCGCCUCGUCGUCCUUGGCUGCUUUUGCUCGGCCUGCUGGAGGUGAAGCAACGAACCGACUCGGACGUCAGGGCACGCCGACAAAAUGCACACUUGGACGCGGUUGUAUCGAACUGUCGCUUCGCUAAAUUCACGUGGGAAUUGUCACAUGGCUGAGCAUAAGAAUGCAGUUUACACGCAAUUUCAUCAAGUUGAAAAGCGAGGUCAUCAGGUCCCGAGCAAGCUGCAAGGGGCGACGGCGUUGUCGGUCCGAACGUAUGCUGACAACGCGGCGAUCGAUGCAGACGUGACGGUGGUCGGGUCCGGUCCGGGCGGCUACGUCGCCGCCAUCAAGGCUGCGCAGCUCGGAUUCAAGACAGUUUGUGUGGAGAAGAACGCCACACUUGGCGGAACCUGCCUCAAUGUUGGCUGCAUCCCCUCCAAAGCUCUUCUGAACAACUCUUACUUGUACCACUUGGCCCACGGCAAAGACUUUGAAAGCAGGGGCAUCGAAAUUUCCGGCAUCUCUCUGAACCUGGAGAAGAUGAUGGCGCAGAAAAGCGGGGCGGUCAAAGCGCUCACCGGGGGCAUCGCGCAUCUCUUCAAACAGAACAAAGUGACCCACGUCAACGGCUUCGGCAAAGUGAGCGGAAAGAACCGAGUGACGGCCGUGACGGCCGACGGCGGCGAGCGAGUCAUCAACACCAAGAACAUCCUCAUCGCCACCGGCUCCGAAGUCACGCCGUUCCCGGGAAUUCAGAUCGACGAGGAGACAGUGGUGUCGUCCACGGGAGCGCUGUCCCUGAAGAAAGUUCCGGAGGAGCUGAUCGUGAUCGGCGCCGGAGUCAUCGGAGUGGAGCUGGGCUCCGUGUGGCAGCGUCUCGGCGCCAAGGUGACGGCGGUGGAGUUCCUCGGCCACGUGGGCGGCACGGGCAUCGAUAUGGAGAUCUCCAAGAACUUCCAGCGCAUCCUGCAGAAGCAGGGCCUCAAGUUCAAGCUGGGCACCAAAGUGCUGGGUGCCGCCCGGAGGCCCGACGGCAAGAUGGACGUGGCCGUGGAGGCGGCGGCCGGCGGCAAGGACGAGACGCUGACCUGCGACGUGCUGCUGGUGUGCAUCGGCCGGCGACCUUUCACCCACGACCUGGGCCUGGAGGCCGUGGGCAUCCAGCUGGACAACAGGGGGCGCAUCCCCGUCAACAACCGCUUCCAGACUAACGUACCCAGCAUUUACGCCAUCGGCGACGUGGUGGCGGGGCCCAUGUUGGCGCACAAGGCGGAGGACGAGGGCAUCAUCUGCGUGGAGGGCAUGGCGGGCGGCGCCGUGCACAUCGACUACAACUGCGUGCCCUCCGUUAUCUACACGCACCCUGAGGUGGCCUGGGUGGGCAAGACCGAGGAGCAGCUCAAGGAAGAGGGUGUUCCCUACAAAGUGGGCAAGUUCCCGUUCGCCGCCAACAGCCGCGCCAAAACCAACGCCGACACGGACGGUCUGGUCAAGAUCCUCAGCCACAAGGAGACGGACAGGAUGCUGGGCGCUCACAUCCUCGGAACCGGGGCAGGAGAGAUGAUCAACGAGGCGGCCCUCGCCAUGGAGUACGGCGCGUCUUGCGAGGACGUCGCCCGAGUCUGCCACGCCCACCCGACGGUGUCGGAGGCCUUCAGAGAGGCCAACCUCGCCGCUUCCUUCGGCAAAGCCAUCAACUUUUGAUCCUCUUUGUCUCGCUCACGCGUGGGAACGGGAAACUCUUGCGUCUAAACCAUGACUCCAGAGACCUUCAAGCUGCUGCUGCUGCUGCUGCUGCUGCUGCUGCUUCUUCUUCUUCUACUCUUAUUUCCUGCAUACUCAUUGAUGGAUUCAAUAGUCCGAUCACCGGAUGGUAUUUCCCCCAUUUUUUCCAUUUGUGUCUGGAAACAACAACUUCCACCACCACAUGCAAACUUUAAUUUAUUUCUACUUCCUGUAUCACUUCGAACAUGUCAGGCUAGCUUUCAGGACACUUACCAUCCAUCGUCAGAAUAAAGUCAAUUCAUCAUGCCGUCAA